AUGUCCGGCCACGCUUACCCUACCGUCCCUGCGACCGCGAUUGACUGGGGUGCGCGAGAGAGUAAAGACUCCAUCGACCAGUACACCAUCGAGAUGCCAAGCCAGGCGUAUAGUCCGAGCACACGCACGUCGUCUUACGAGGACGACAAAGAAUUGGGGACCGUGAACGUGCGCGCAGUGCUGCGUACACCGAGUCCGACGCCGAGCGAAGCGCAAAUGCUCGCGCCGAAGACGAAAUUCAUGGACAGCGUGCGGCGCAUCCUGGACUGGCGGCGCUACUUGGACUGGCGGCGGUAUGCGAACCCCCGCGUGAUGGCGACAUUCGCGCAGGUUGUUUGCGCCAACGUGCUCUUCAUCCUUUUCCUGGUGUACCAGAUAAAGAUAAUCAUUUGGCUGCAGCCGUUCGCGAAAUGGAUGGAUGACACACCAGGCGGCUGGUUGAUCCCCAUCGCGAUCAUUUCCGUGUUCUCGUUCCUGCCGCUGUUUGGAUACGAAAUCGUCACGAUUAUGUGCGUAGACCUCUGGGGCGUGCGGAUCGGUUUUGGCCUCAUCGCGGCGGGGACGCUCCUUGGCGAGCUUGCUGCUUUCUAUGCCCCCCAGUCGUUCCGCUACGCACGCGGGAAGCUCUUCGAGGACAAGCAACUGAACUGGGCGCUGUACGCGCAGGUUGUGCGCGAGGGCGGGCUGGUCGUCCCGACCAUCAUUCGAUCGUCGUUUCUUCCCGGACAAAUGCUCACCGCUGUCUUCUCCACGUGUGGGAUGCCGGUAUGGUGCUUCAUGGUCUCCACGACGCUCUCGCUCCCGAAGCAACUCACCAUCGUAUACCUCAGUGCCGCCGUAACCACCGCAGGGAACCCAUUGACGACGGGGAUCGUCAAGAUUGUUGUGCUGAUCGCGAUGCUCACGACGAUGGCCUGUGCGACGCACUACGUGAACAGGAAGGUCGACGAGGUCAAGCGCAGUGUCAUCUACGCACGACGGAAGGCGAGACAAGCGAGUAUGCUCCGCGGGGAAGAGCGGCUACCGAUGGAAGAGGAGCUCGCGCUCCGCUCCACCGCCCCUCAAGACCCGCCCGCACGGACGCGUUCGUUGACUGGCGAGGGCGCUGAGUGCGUCAUCAUCCACAUGCCCGUCCCGCAACGGGUAGCGGUGGCGGCGGUGCGCGUGAAGCGCAAGAGCGCUGUGGGCAUCGUCGAUGUGAACAACGUCGCGGAGCUGCAGCUCGGCGACAGGCGCGAGUUGAGGCCUUGA